AAAACACACACACACACAUACACAGAAUGUGAAAAAAAAAUAAUAAUAAUUUAAAAUAAUUUUCCUAUUAAUAAAGUAUAAUAAACUCGAAAUUUCUACAGAAAGCCCCAGGAAGAAAAAGAAAAAGCGCAAAGAAAUAGUAAGAAAAGGAAAAAGAAAAUAGAAGAAGGAACGAAAGAAUCGCAGAUCAAAGGUAGCGCCUUUAAAUACUUCAACCUAACACGAUUCUGUGUUUUGGGUUUUUCGUUCAGUAGCAAAGCUCUAUUCUCUUCUAUUUUUUGGUCAUAUUAUUGAUUUUUAUUAUAUAGUUCAUUCUUUUUCCCCCAUCGCCCGACUCUUUUGGAAGCACGAAGAGAAUUCUAGAAGGGUCACGGCCAUACUUCCUCCGCCGGCCGCUGCCAUUCGAUCGGUUUUGAUUUUCCUUUGUUAGAAGUUGAUUAUUUGCUACCACUAAAGAUGAGCGUGGUUGGUUUUGAUUUUGGGAAUGAGAGUGGUGUUGUGGCCGUUGCCAGGCAGAGAGGCAUUGAUGUUGUUCUCAAUGAUGAAUCAAAGCGUGAAACACCUGCUGUUGUGUGCUUCGGCGAGAAGCAACGUUUUCUUGGGACUGCUGGGGCAGCUUCAAGUAUGAUGAAUCCAAAAAACACAAUUUCCCAAAUAAAGCGGCUGAUUGGACGACCUUAUUCUGAUCCAGAGCUACAACGUGAUCUCAAUUCCUUGCCUUUCGCAGUAAUUGAAGGUCCUGAUGGCUUUCCCCUGAUCCAAGCCCAGUAUCUGGGAGAAGUCAGAACAUUCACACCCACCCAAGUGUUAGGAAUGGUAUUUUCUGAUCUGAAAACCAUAGCUCAGAAGAAUCUGAAUGCAGCUGUUGUUGAUUGUUGUAUUGGGAUACCUGUUUAUUUCACCGACCUUCAGAGGAGAGCUGUUAUUGAUGCAGCUACUAUUGCAGGCUUGCAUCCGCUUCGCCUUAUUCAUGAAACAACAGCUACUGCCCUGGCUUAUGGUAUUUACAAGACUGAUUUACCUGAGAACGACCAACUGAAUGUUGCUUUUGUUGAUGUUGGACAUGCCAGCUUGCAGGUAUCCAUUGCUGGUUUUAAGAAGGGUCAGCUAAAGAUAUUAGCUCACUCGUUUGAUAGGUCCCUGGGUGGUAGGGACUUUGAUGAGGUCCUCUUCCAGCACUUCGCUGCAAAAUUUAAGGAAGAAUACAAGAUUGACGUCUUUCAGAAUGCCAGGGCUUGCCUCAGGCUUCGUGCAGCUUGUGAGAAGUUGAAGAAAAUAUUAAGUGCAAAUCCUGAGGCCCCUUUGAAUAUUGAGUGCCUUAUGGAAGAGAAGGAUGUCCGGGGUUACAUCAAGAGGGAGGAGUUUGAGAAAAUUAGUGCUCCUAUUUUGGAACGGGUAAAGAAACCAUUAGAGAAGGCACUUGUAGAAGCUGGGCUUACAAUUGGUGACAUUCAUUCAGUUGAGGUUGUUGGUUCUGGGUCUCGUGUUCCUGCCAUUAUUAAGAUCUUGACUGAGUUCUUUGGGAAGGAACCUCGUCGCACAAUGAAUGCGAGCGAGUGUGUGGCGAAAGGCGCUGCCUUGCAAUGUGCCAUUCUUAGCCCAACUUUCAAAGUCCGGGAGUUCCAGGUCAAUGAGAGCUUUCCUUUCCCAAUUGCUUUGGCAUGGAAUGCACAAGACUCACAGAAUGGAGCUGACAGCCAACAAAGCACCAUCGUCUUCCCUAAAGGAAAUCCCAUACCAAGUGUGAAGGUGUUAACAUUCUAUAGGACUGGUACAUUUGCGGUAGAUGUUCAGUAUGCCGAUGUCAGCGAGUUGCAGGCACCAGCAAAAAUUAGCACUUACACGAUUGGACCUUUCCAAGCUAGUAAAGGUGAGCGAGCAAAAGUGAAGGUCAAAACACGCCUCAACCUGCAUGGGAUUGUUUCUGUUGAAUCAGCAACACUUCUGGAGGAGGAGGAAGUAGAAAUUCCAGUCACUAAGGAGCCAGCAAAAGAACCAGCUAAGAUGGAAACUGAUGAGCCUGAAAAUGGUGUUCCACCAAGUACUGGUGAAAACGAUGUAAAUAUGAGUGAAGGUAAUGCCACAGUUGAUGCUUCUGGAGCUGAAAAUGGUGUUCCCGAGUCUGGGGAUAAACCUGUUCAAAUGGAGACAGAUGCUAAGGUUGAGGCUCCAAAGAAAAAGGUCAAGAAGACAAAUAUCCCUGUUUCAGAAGUGGUUUAUGGAGGUAUGCUAGCUGCAGAUGUGCAGAAAGCUGUUGAGAAGGAGUUUGAAAUGGCUUUGCAAGACCGUGUCAUGGAAGAAACAAAGGACAAGAAGAAUGCUGUGGAAGCUUAUGUUUAUGAAAUGAGGAACAAGCUUAAUGACAAGUAUUUCUCGUAUGUGACCGAUUCGGAGAGGGAGCAACUUGCUGCUAAACUCCAGGAGACAGAAGAUUGGCUGUAUGAAGAUGGUGAGGAUGAAACAAAAGGUGUUUAUGUUGCUAAACUUGAAGAACUUAAGAAGCAAGGUGAUCCAAUUGAAGAGCGUUUCAAGGAGGACAUGGAGAGAGGAGCUGCUAUAGAGCAGUUUAUCCAUUGCAUCAACAGUUUCAGAGAAGCAGCUGUGUCAAAUGAUCCUAGAUUUGAUCACAUUGAUUUAUCAGAGAAGCAAAAGGUCCUAACUGAAUGUGUGGAAGCUGAGGCUUGGUUGAGGGAGAAAAAGCAACAGCAAGAUGCUUUACCGAAAUAUGCUAAUCCUGUUCUUUUGGUAGCUGAUAUCAAGAAGAAAGCUGAAGCAGUAGACAGAUUCUGCAAGCCUAUAAUGAUGAAACCAAGGCCUCCCAAGCCUGCUCCUGAACCUGCCUCACCAGUUCCACCUCAAGGAGCUGAGCAAGGCACCGAGAACCCCAACCAAAAUGCCAGCCCAACACCAAAGGCGGAUGAAAAUGCUGGAGCUGGAAAUGAAGGACCUACAGAAGGGUCAGAGCCAAUGGACACGGACAAAGCUGAAACUGCGUGAGAUGGCGGAGCUGGGAAACUAUGUCUGGGAUAGACAUGGUGAUUGUGUACUUUUUUUUGACAAUUCGAAGCCUCAGUUUUUUUGGUGGAUAUGUAGUAGUUUAAGGUGAAUCUUUUUAAUGAUGCGUAAGGCAUUAAUCGACAAGGUGGCUUUGGUUUAUAUGGAUUAGAUGGGUUGACUCAAUUAUGUUAUUAUUAUGGCGGAUUAAUAUUAUUGAUUAGGUGGUGUAUCAGUCUCCGAUCCUUGUUUACGGAGGCUUGAACAGAGAAUUGUUGUAUUCGCGUACGGUUUUUUUUUUUUUUUUCACAAUUGUUUCUCUCGGCAAAAAUUAAGUCCAUACUUUUCCCCCGAACCGAGCAGUUCACGAAUAGCUUAGUCAAAGCUUGGUUUGAAUUUGAUUUUGACCGAAUUCGAACAAUUCGAUUAAUUAGACGAGUUGAACAUGAGUAUUAAUAUAUUUGAUUCGAGUUCGAGCUUAUUAUAUAUUAUUUUAUUUUUAUUAUGAAUAGACUAAACUGUAUAAAUGGUCUUCGAUAUUUGUUCGAAUUUAAAUUUUGGUUUCCUA